GGAGAGAAAUUUAAUAAACAAAGGAAAAAUAAUAAAAACCACAUCUAUAAAUUGUGAAUCCAAUGAUAGUGCAAGUACAAACUCAAAGUUUUAGGGAGCCACAUAAGAUAGCAAACAACCUAGUACUAUAAAGUUAUAUUAUGGCAGGCCCAAUGAGACCUCAAAUUGUGCUAUUUGGCUCUUCUAUAAUUCAGAUGAGUUUUGAUAAUGGUGGUUGGGGUGCUAUUCUAGCUAAUUUGUAUGCUAGAAAGGCAGAUAUAGUGUUGCGUGGAUACUCAGGUUGGAAUUCAAGACGCGCUUUGGAAGUUCUUGAUGAAGUUUUCCCAAAGGAUGCUUAUGUGCAACCAUCAUUGGUAAUCAUCUACUUUGGUGGAAAUGAUUCUAUUCACCCUCACCCAUCCGGUCUUGGCCCUCAUGUUCCUAUUGAAGAAUAUGUUGAAAACAUGAGGAAAAUUGCUAACUAUCUUAAGAGCCUCUCAGAUCAUAUCCGCCUCAUAUUUCUCACCUCUCCUCCCAUCAGUGAAAUACAAAUCAGGAAAAAACUCAGUGCAACACAAUCUGGAAGAACCAAUGAACAUUGUGGAAUAUAUGCAAGAGCAUUAGUGGAGCUAUGUGAGGAGAUGAACUUAAAAGUCAUUAAUCUCUGGUCUGCAAUCCAACAAAGGGAGGACUGGUUAGAUGUCAGUUUUACGGAUGGAGUUCAUUUAUCAGCUGAGGGAAGCCAAGUAGUUUUGAAGGAAAUAUUAAAGGUACUUAGAGAAGCAGAUUGGAAACCUAGUUUGCAUUGGAUGUCAUUACCAACUGAAUUUGCUGAGGAUUCACCAUAUUACCCUCCAAGUCCAGAUGGAACCACCACAAUAAAUGUCUCCUACAGUAUUCCUCGAAGACAUUUGCAAUGGGAUCUAUAGAAAUUAAUACUAAAUUAUAUGCAUUAUUAUGUGUGGCGUGGUUUGAUUCAUUCAAGCAAUGAUUGGAAAAGAAGAUUUGCAAUUUAUUUAUUAAGAAUGAUGGAAUUUCAAUUGUGUGGAGCCUUUGGAGAGGUUGUUGUCUUUCAUGUAUUUUUCAAUAAUAAAAGGUAGAGUUCUUUCACGUGGUGAAAGUCCCUACUCUUUGGAGUAUUUUUAUUUUGAUUUAUUUGUUGUAAAUUUUUAUGUAUUAUUUUAUUCUCAAUGUAAUAGUGAUUUAUAAAUUUAAAUUUACCUAUCAU